AUGGCGCAGCCACCGUCCUUGGCGAUACCCGGCCGCUUCGGUAUUCCCAACGCAUCAGGCCAAAAGUUCAACAAGGCAUGUGAUCCGUGUCAUAUCUCAAAAACGAGAUGCCUGCCAGAUCCACUCUCGCCCACCAACUCGUGCAAGCGGUGCAGCAAGAAUGGCAGCUCGUGUGUCUUCUCCCCCAUCGGGCCCAGGAGGAGGCCCAUCCGCUCCAAGAAUGACAGAAUCGUCGAGUUGGAGAGGCGCGUCAGGGACAUGCAGCUCAAGCUUGAGAAGCAGGUAGAAAAGCAGGUCGAGAAGCGUGCCAAUAUCGGCAAUGACGCGGACCGAGAACCUUCCGGGACCGAAUCCUUCGCCGAAGGAUCUGAGUCCCACACCAAGCCCGCUCCGGCCCUUUUCUUCGUAUCCGGCUCCGGCUCUUCGGCGCUGCUCCCGGUAGAUGAGUCGACCCAGACCACAUCGCAACUUCCACUGCCACCUGCCUCCACGGAACCAAAGCCGGACCCCUCUGCGGCUGUGGACAAGUCCACCGCGAUUGACCCCAAAUCUUCCCCGGGAGCUGUGGACGCCUAUCAGCCAGCCCCAUCGGCUACUGUUGCCGAUGUCACUGGUUCCGAGACGUCCCGGUACGGGCCAGACGUCGUCGAUCGUAACAUCAUCACCCAGAAUCAGGCCGAGAAGAUUAUGGCCAAGUUUCGCCAGUUCAUCCAUGGCAAAUUUCUAGGUAUUGGCGUUCCGGACGGGCACACCAACCAGUCACUCCGGCGCAACAAGCCCGCCGUCUGGCUCAGCAUGCUGUGUGCCGCCUCGGUUGGCUCAUCAGAGUUCUUGUCGCUUGCCCCAGUCCUGGCGGCAGAAAUGGAGAAUCUUCUGGACGCGCAGGUAGAAGUGGACAUGGACCCCGAUCUGGACAUAUUACAGUCGCUAACAAUCUUCUAUCUUUUUCAUCAUGACCUCACACAGUCCGUGCGUGAGAAAAUCUUCCGGUGUCUUAGAACGUCCGUCGCUGUCGUUGUGAGACUUGGCCAAGAAUCAAAGAUUCACAACAUCCCGGAAGGCAUGCCAAUAGCUGAGAAUGAUGUGACGCAGAGGGAUUUGGACCUCUCGAGGCAGCUUCUCCAGUGGCACUGGUCCAGCUUCUCACUUGCAGUCAAAGCACGCGAAAAUCUUCUAAUCAGGCCUUUGAAUCUGGUCAGCACGAGUCUGCGGAUAAUGGAGACAAGCGGGAGCCAGUGCGAUAUGGCUCUCGUUGAAUGGUCCAAGCUGAUACAGAUUGCGGUGGAAGCAUGUCUCUCCUUGUUUAGCGGCCACACGGAUGGUGCAGACGGCUUGAGUGAUGAGCAGAGGGAAAAUAUUAUUCGGUCAUUUGAGAGGAAACGGAAACAGUGGCUGAUCAAUUGCCCCUUUGACCUAGUCAACGAAUUCCUGAUGCUGGAGUAUCACGAGACAGCUUUACUCAUCUCUGAAUUCAUUUACCCGGCUGGCCGGGCGAACUUUCAGAACAGAAGCCACGGUCUGCCUUCUUUAUCCUGUCCUUCCCAGUCACCGGCCAGCCCGGAAACGACCUUAGACACCAUGCCAGACCAAGACGUCCUCGCCCCGUACAGGAUCCAAUACACAAAGAAAUGCAUCACCGCUGCACACGCUUGUCUCGCUCUUGUCGUCUCACCACCAAUUUCGCCAGGUGUGUCCAGCACGAGCAGUCUUGGAGACCCCGAAACAUUAAGGUACUUCUCGAAUGUACCCUAUUCGCGGCUGUUCUACGCCUUACGGUUCCUGCUGUUCGUCGCACACAAUAUCUGGAGAACCGGCAAAUACAACCUGAUCAGUGUGGACUCUCUGAAGCUGGGGUAUUAUAUCGGGGGCUUGAAGAGGGCGUUCAGCAUAGCCUCAGACGGGGGCAAGUUCCGCCCGCCUUCACUGUGGCUGUACGCCAUCGAGACUAGGAUCGAGCCUUGGUGGAAAGCAUUCUGUACAAAAUUGAACAGGGACCGCCCUCCGACUCGAUCCAGAUCGUCUGGGGAAAUUGAAGCAUCAUCUGCAUCAUCGACCCCAGCUGCUGCUCAAGCACCACGGCAGACGUCUGAGCCGUUACCCCAAAGCGAAUAUCGAACAAGCGAUCCGGCCCUCCAAGAAAAUCAGGCGCAAAUCACCCUCCCCUACGAUCUUUUCUCGCCGAAUCAGGCCAUGGACUUUCUGAUCCCUUUCAACUUCAUCCAACAAGCUCCUGCCGUGGCUGCUACAGACGCGAUACCUCAUAACCCAAACAUAGGGCCCCUGGGAUUUGCGCGCUCGCCGAAGACCACACGAAGUGUUGGACAAACAGAACCUCUGAGCCAAACUUCUACUGCCCCCCUCAGUAACGACCCUAAUUCGACUGAAUCGGCAGAGCAGACCGUCAAUUACGAUUUGGAAGGCGCCUACAACCAGGGCAACAACAUCGGGGAACUCAACGACUAUCUCGGGACAAUGGAUUUGGACGCAUUUGACUUUGACUGGGGAGACUACAGUGCAUUGUUCCCCGGCGCAGAAGCUUUUCUGCCGGAUCCGUCAGUGCUGCCAUCCCCUUAUCCGCACACUGGUGAAGCUUCUGGCGAUGGGACUGGAGAGCAUGGGACUAAAGGCUGA